AUGAGACCGCACGGAUACGCCGGCGCCGAACCCGGUAACGGCUACCGUGACAGUCUAGCCAACGUAGCGGUUGACGGAAAUAAGUGCCUGCAUAAGUUAAAUCACAUUAUGGAUAGAAAUGAAAUGAACUUUUCAUCAUCAGAUUCUGAUGAUGAAUUUGCGAUGAUUGUUAUUGGAAUACUACCGAAAGAGCGUGUAUAUCGAAAUAGAAAUGACCCUUUAGUUGAGUAUGAUGAUGCUGAUUUUGUACGUCGAUUCAGGCUCUCAAAAGAUUCAUUUUCAGAGGUUUUAUUUUUGAUUCGGGACCAGAUUUUACAUAGAACCUCACGCAGUUAUGCUUUACCUCCACAUUUACAAUUAUUAAUCGCACUCAGAUUUUAUGCAACAGGCGCUUUUCAAGCAGUAAUUGGGGAUCAUAUUCAUGUCCAUAAAUCAACUGUAUGUAGAACUGUUAAGUGUGUUUCAAGAGCUAUAGCUAGUAUGCGUCCAAAUUAUAUUAAAAUGCCAAAUACUACACAAGAUAUUAUAACUGCAUCAACAAUGUUUUAUAACAUAAGGCAAUUUCCCAGGGUACUCGGUGCAGUAGAUGGAACUCAUAUUAGAAUCCAAUGUCCUAAUAAGGAUGUUGGAGAGCGAUACAGAAAUCGCAAAGGGUUUUUUUCUUUCAAUGUCCAAGGUGUAAGUGAUGCAAAAUUAGAAUUUUUGGACAUAGUUGCAAAGCGGCCAGGUAGUGUUCAUGAUAGCACAGUCUUCGAUAAUUCAUUACUUCGUGCUCGUUUUGAAAACAAUGAAUUUGGGGAUAGUGUGCUACUAGGAGAUGGGGGAUAUCAGUGUAAGAACUAUCUGCUCACUCCACUGUUAAACCCAACUAGUGUUGGUGAAAAAAGAUAUCAAAAAGCACAGAUAUCUACAAGAAAUGUUGUCGAACGUACGUUUGGUAUAUGGAAAAGGCGCUUUCCAGCUUUAUCAUUAGGUAUACGCACAACUCCACAAACUGCAUUGAUCAUUAUUACUGCAACAGCUAUCCUUCAUAAUAUUUUAAGAAGAAGAAAUGAUAUACCUCCUGAAAAUGAAGACGACCAUACAGAUAUUACAGAAAUACAAAGCGGUGAAUUACCAGCUGUGCAAUUAAGAAAAAGUGGAAAUGCAGUUCGCUUACAUUUUAUAAAUUCUUAUUUUUCAGACAAUUAA